GUAACAAAAACACAUAAAAAUGACGGCUGCUCCUUACAAUUAUUCGUAUAUUUUCAAAUAUAUUAUUAUUGGUGAUAUGGGUGUCGGAAAAUCGUGUCUUCUUCAUCAGUUCACAGAAAAGAAGUUCAUGGCCGACUGCCCGCACACAAUCGGCGUGGAAUUCGGCACCAGGAUUAUUGAGGUCAGCGGACAGAAGAUCAAGCUUCAAAUCUGGGACACGGCGGGCCAGGAGCGAUUCCGCGCUGUGACGCGAUCAUAUUAUCGUGGAGCAGCCGGAGCCUUGAUGGUCUACGACAUCACUCGCCGUUCUACCUACAAUCAUUUGAGCAGCUGGUUGGCCGACGCAAAAAGCUUGACCAAUCCAAAUACGGCCAUCUUUCUUAUCGGAAACAAAGCCGACCUCGAAGAUCAACGUGACGUGCCAUACGAGGAAGCAAAAGCUUUCGCCGAAGAAAACGGGCUCACUUUCUUGGAGUGCAGUGCGAAGACUGGCAGUAACGUCGAAGACGCUUUCCUCGAAACGGCCAAGCAAAUCUAUCAGAAUAUCCAAGACGGAAGUUUGGACUUGAACGCCGCCGACACUGGCGUCCAGCCAAAACAGAACUUGCCACGUGCAGCUGAAAAUAAUGGGAAGAAGGACUGCAACUGCUAGUUGAUGUGUGCAAAGUCCCUUCUUCCCCUCAAAUCAUUCCCAAUUGAUUUUAAUGUAUUUUUUUAAAUUAUUACUUUCUAAUCCGUCUAUCUGUAUGUGAGAGCUUGUCACCCAUUAUCAUUAAAAUGCCAGAAGAAUCAACAUUGGGUGGUAUGGUUUCUUGUUUCCAAAUUCUAGUUGCCUGUCAAAAUCUAAACUUGUAAUCACUAUAAAACUACUCUGAAAUUCAGAACUUUGUGUCACUUUUACUUACCAAUUCCCAGUCUUUUUCAGUCCCCCACCCAUUACUCACUAUCAUCAUCGAACUGUGAACCGUUCAUAAUAUAACACUUUCGCUCACCCAACCAACUGCAUAUUUAGUAGAUUUUUUCUGUCAAAAACCGUUUUGAACAUUUUUCCCCCAUUCCUUGUGUGAUAAGAAACAUCUAUAUGAUCCCACCCCAUUAAGUGCUAUAAUUGUGCUUUGAAAAUCAAAAAAACUAACGAUUUUUGUCAUUUUUGUCACUUUUCCUUAUAAAUAGUUCUCUGUUGUUAGUUUUAUGAACCUAUGAUUUCAGAAAACUUUUUCAAAAUUUAUUUUUUUUGUUUAAUCAUUUUUCAGCAAAAUUCAAUUGUACAUAUAAUAUUUAAAAAAACUAUUCAUUGAAG